AUGGGUUAUGCUACCUAUCAUCAUCAGUGUAAUGAGAGCUCCUGUGGACUGCUGGCUGAGUGCUCAGGUGAUGGAGGCUGCGUCUGUGUUUCUGGGUAUGAAAUUCCUUCAGCACUCCUACCUCAGGGAGACUCGUAUGGCUGUGAGGACAUUGAUGAAUGUGUGAAGACUUCAGGGAUUUGUGGCUCUUACUCCGACUGCAAAAACAACCCCGGCUCCUACAUUUGUGUUUGUCAUGUUGGAUAUGAGGCAACUGAUGCAGCUUUACCAAUCUCAACGUCCAACCCCUGCAAAGAUACCGAUGAAUGUCUCAACAACCCUUGUGGUGAGGGUGGGACCUGCACUAACAACAUGGGAAGUUUUUCCUGUAAAUGCUCUGACGGCUUUUUACUCGACACUCAUGCAAUUCCUCUCUGCCAAGAUAUCGAUGAGUGCUUUAACUCCACUGUCUGUGGACCUGAUUCUGAGUGCACCAACACACCUGGAUCCUACACCUGUGCAUGUAAUGUGGGCUAUGAACCAACUAUACCAGAGCUGGAUCCCAGCGAGGAAAACAUCUGCAUAGAUAUUGGUGAGUGUGGAAGACACCCCACAAUCUGUGGUCCUUACGCCAACUGCACAAAUGCCAUCGGAUCAUACGUCUGCACCUGCCUCUCUGGUUUCCGUCUGAACAACCCUGAGGUGAUAGCCAGCUAUCGUAAUCCCUGCACAGAUAUGGGUUUGGAGACCAGUGGGCCUGGAGGCACCUUCCCAGAGCUCUCUCUUUUGUCAGCCAAAGGAAACACGAUGGAGAUCAACCUGGAAGCUAUAGCCAAAAAUAACAAUGUAAACCAAACAGAGAUGUACUCUAAUGUCAUCACUGCCUUCUUACCCUCGAUAAACAACACCAACCUCACUGAGCCCGUCAACUUUACCAUGUAUCACAAGAAGGUACCUGCAAAUGGAAUGGUGACAUGUGUGUACUGGGAGGAAAAAACUGAUGAGACGAGAGGAGAGAAGAAGAGGACGGCGCGUUGGUCAGUUGACGGCUGUUCGGCUGUGUACAGCGGUGAAAACUACACCGUGUGCAGCUGCUCUCACCUGUCCACGUUCGCCCUCAUCAUGCAGAUCGGGGAGCCUCCACCAGAUAAUGCUUUCUUGGAGUGGCUAAACAGAAUGUGUGUGAUUAUUGGGCUUUUCUUCUUUGGCUUGGCCAUCUUGACCUUCCUCUUGUGCAGCUGGAACCCAAAGAUCAACAACACGGCCCGUCUUCACCUCUGCCUUAAUCUUGCCUUCUCCCAUCUACUGCUGCUGUGGAAUGACGAAUACACUGAUGAUGAGCUGGCCUGCACCGUCAUGGCGGGUCUUCUCCACUUCUUAGUCAUUGCUGGUUUUGCGUGGAUGCUGCUGGAGGCGCUACAGCUCCACCUGUUGGUUCGAAGGCUUACCAAGGUGCAGGUCAUCCAGAGAGAUGGGCUCUCUCGGCCAGUGCUCUACCUGGUUGGCUACGGUGUUCCCUUUGUGAUUGUUGGUGUUUCUGCACUGGUGUACUCUGAUGGAUAUGGUGCUACUGAGGCGAACCUUAAUGGGAUUUUGUUUUGUGCAACUCUAUGGAGUCUGAGACCCACACUGGCCAACAUGAAGAGUGAUGUUUCUCAAUCCAAAGACACACGGUUGAUUAUUUUCAAGAUCCUGGCCCAGUUUGUCAUACUGGGCUGUACCUGGAUCCUGGGCCUGUACCAGACCAACCUUUUCUUUCAGGUCUUCUUUAUCAUCUUAAACUCACAGCAGGGAACCUUCCUCUUCAUCGUCCACUGCAUGCUCAAUAAAGAGGUCAGAGAGGAGUACAUUAAAUGGCUGACCUGCUCUUUCAUUAAGCAGAAACAUGGAGGAUCUGUGAGAGAUGCACCCUCGGUCUCAGAGGACAUCGACAAGGCUGAAGAACAGACGAACUGA